AUGAUUGUUUUCAAUUUACAUCAAAGUGAACAGGCACAUAUAUCAUUACAUGAUUUAACAAAACAUGAUGUACCAUCACAUAUUCAUUAUGAAUAUCAAUGGCCACAAGCUCCUUUAUCAACAUCUAAUAAAGCUCAUAUUGAUUCGGAUAAUUUAUUUAUUCAUCCUCGAUCAAUAAAUAUAUUUUGGUGGAUGCCAAAACUUGUUAAACCAAAUAUUUUAUUCAAAACAGCAAAAGAACAUACACAUAAUCAAUAA